CUCGGCAUAUGCAGUGCCUUGGAGUUUUCAUUUCUGUGGGUGCAUUCUCCGUCUGCGCUCCUCCAAUUGUCGGGCCAUGCUGCAAGGCUCAUGGCGUCAUUUGAAGAGAAUCCCCCACAGAGAGAAUUCGGCCGUGCACGUGAUGGCCAACAACACGUACCGAAACCUCCAUCCACUGCCAAUUUGCAGGUCCCCAGCCAAGACCCCUCUGUCCUUAGAGUCUUCUUCCUCGCCCACUUUCCCUCGGCCUCUGCUUCACUCGGAACUCCUUGUUGAGAGCCAGACACAUGGAAUACAACCUGGGUCAGUCUAUGGCGCACUCAGUUUGUCUUCCUUGAUUUUUCCGUGUUUGUUGUUUAGCUGUACGGAUUUAAUUCUUUGCUUGACUUUAGCAAGUUAGCUAGGUUGUUCCUCGGUGGCAACGGAUUCAAGCAUGGAUCCCACUGCCGAGUCCGCGGCCGAGGGUCUUCGCAAGAGGAAUGCUCCGAUCCACGCCAACACUCAGCAGGAAGCCAGACAGGCGGUCCUGGACCUCAAUGCUGCUGAAGAGAAAUCAAACAAGCAGGAGCAAGACAGAAAGACCUUUGGUCGCACUCCCGAUGGAACUGUGUUCACUGUGCCAUACACACAUGACAUGGUCUCACAGCUGCUCUCGCCCACAGAGCCCAAGAACCUGGGAGACCUCCUUGUUCUAUUUAUCCUUUUGCUGCACAUUUUGUUGGCUUGGUCGCUUCCAGCGGCAUAUCGGAAACCCAUUCUCGCAGCCAUAUUUCUCUUCUGGAGAGCAGGCUACAACAUUGGCAUUGGCUAUCUUCUGCAUAUGCAGUCUCACCACAAGAUGCUUGUGAGAUGGGCACGCAGACUUAAGCUCUUCCCUAGCGCCUCCAAUGGUGAGAACCCGCACCCAAAGAUACGAGCCUUUGCCAAACGAGAACUCGAGACAAAGAUUGCUAAAGAUUACGACUUCGAUACCGCUCCCCUUGAGUAUAACACUUGGUUGAUUUUCCGUCGUAUCGUCGAUCUAAUCUUGAUGUGCGACUUCGUUUCGUACAUGCUGUUUGCCAUGUCCUGUGGUCACCGACCGACUGGAGAAUUAUUCGUUACCACGUUCUUGCGGUGGGCUACUGGAAUUUCCCUCUUUGCCUUCAAUUUGUGGGUUAAGUUGGACGCGCAUCGAGUGGUGAAGGACUAUGCCUGGUAUUGGGGCGACUUUUUCUACCUCGUCGAUCAAGAAUUGACCUUUGAUGGAGUGUUCGAGAUGGCCCCUCACCCCAUGUAUUCGAUAGGCUAUGUCGGCUACUAUGGCAUCUCGCUCAUGGCAGCCAGCUACAAAGUUCUAUUCAUCUCAAUCAUCGCUCACGCCGCUCAAUUCGCUUUCUUGGUGUUGGUCGAAAGCCCACAUAUCGAACGUACCUACAGCUCUCCUCCGCCACGAAGAUCAAUCAACGAAUUGCCGAUAGCAGCACAAGGAGAAAACCCGUCAAAUGAUCUGAGUACUACAGAUGAUGUCUGGCCCCGUCCCGCUCAUGCACAACCCUCCCAAACGCACAAUCUCCUGGGCCUAAACAAUAUCGAUCUAUAUCGAACCACCGACUCUGCCGUCCUCGUGUUACAGAUCUACAUCUUUGCUUUGACUAUGCUGACACCGAACACGACAUUUUAUCAAACAUUCUUCGUCGUCAACGCUGCGAUAUGGAGAGUCUGGUAUUCUGCUGGUAUUGGGUACCUACUUAACAGGCAGUCAUCCAAGAAGAAGUGGACCAGACAUUUUCUGAAGUACGGCGAAAGCACUGGUGAGGCGUGGAGACAAUGGAAAGGCACAUACCACCUCAGUAUGAUUCUAUGCUAUGCCUGGUUUACUGCCGCGGCAUGGAAGAUGUACACCAUGCCAGCAAACUGGGAUUAUGGGCUUGUCUUAUUGAAGCACGUUGUGGGCUUGAGUUUGAUUGCGCUUCAGGUAUGGGUCUCGUUCAGCAUCUAUGAUCAACUUGGCGAGUUCGGAUGGUUCUUCGGAGAUUUCUUCUUUGACCACUCCUCCAAGUUGACCUAUGGCGGCAUCUAUCGAUUUCUGAACAACCCCGAACGCGUGCUAGGCCUCGCAGGUAUCUGGGGAGUUGCACUCAUCACUGGAAGCAAAGCUAUUUUCUGCUUGGCUUUGCUGAGUCACACACUUAGUCUAGCAUUCAUUCAAUAUGUUGAGCGACCUCACAUGCAGAAGCUGUAUGGCCGAAGUCUUCGACAAGAUGCUGGAUUGGUCAGAAGCCUGCGCAGAUCGCUACCGCCACCGUUGCGACAGUGGCAAGAUGGCAUGGACAAGAUGUUGGACGAGACGUUCGAUUACCUCGAGGACUUCUUUGAUGCUGUACGUCCCAAGUUGACGGCCGGUGUCACCACCAUUGCUCAGGACGUCAAAGACCUCAUUCCAAAACAUACAGCACGUGUCACGAUCACGAAAGUAGAACCCGAGGUUGUCGGUCUAAACCCUGAGGACUACAAACUCGAGAUCGAAGGCACUCCAGCCUCUCCUUUGGUUGACUCGCAGCGAUCAAGCGACAAAGAGUCAGGCGUCGUUCGUACACCAGACGAACGCACCACUGGGAAAAAAGCUCUUCUGUUCGAGUAUGGUGCUCCCAUCAAAGUCAGCUGGACGGCGCCCCUUAAUCAUGGUGCGAAGGAUUGGGUUGGUCUUUACAUGGUCACUGACAAUGCAUCUCGCGACGUGACCACAAUUUCCUCAUCGGGUCGUUGGAUUGCCACCAAUAUCCACGAAUAUGACCUGCUGAAUUCUGAAAAGGGCAUCGUUUCCAGUAAUGUGAAGACUACUGUGAAAGGCCAGGACGGUUCCGAAAAGGAGUGCUUGACUGGUGAAAUGAUCUUCUCAGGCGAUAAACUAUGGUGGACCCAAGGUGUCUUCGAGUUCCGCUAUCAUCACAACGGCAAGCAUAACGUCAUGGCAGUCUCACGGCCCUUUGAAGUUCGCAUUCCACGAUUCAGCGAAGAUGAUCUGGAAGCCACAGACAUCCCCACACCAGAAGGCGCAAUGCUGACUCAGAAUGAUAUUUUGAUCCGACGGUCUAUCGAGAGCACGCUUCUCUCCAUUGUGCAGAACUGCUUCGAUCGGGACCCAGAUAUCGCGCCGAGCACCCCUUCAGAAGCCUUCGGCAGCUUAGUGGAUCGAGACGGAAAGUACGCCAAACGCGUAGUCUACGCUAUCCAUCAGAUGUUUGGCAUCGAGUUUGCCCCCCAGGUCGUCAAGGCGGACGGCAAGGUCGAGAAUCUGGCCUGGCGCAUCUGGGAAGCAAAGAAGGUUCUGGCACCAUUCAGCAUGUCGAGAUCCAAGGGGACGACUACACCGGUUGGAAGUGAUAUUUGAAUUGAAGACAAGCUUUGAAAAUACAUCUCGGCAUUUACCGGUGUUUGGGGAUAAGCAGCCAAAAAACAAGCAUAGCUUCAUAUUGUCAGGGCUUUUGUACAUAGACUAUUGCAUAUCGAAGCAAGAAAGCAUGCUUCUGUUCUGCUC